AUGAACACAUACAGACGAUCGUCACAAGAGCAAUAUGCCUACUCCAACGACUCUGCUCCAAUCGCUCCUUGCUACGAAAACCCCGCGAGCCCCGAACUCUCGUACCACUCGUCCAGCUCCUACAACAUGAUGCACCCGUUCAGCCCGUAUCAUCAUACAGUUUCUCCUUACUAUGGGCCACAGGCUCAUCUGGGUCUCCCGGGGGGAACAGUGAUGCAUCCGAGUCUAGGAGGAGCGCACCCAGCAGCAACAGCAACAACACGCCACGAACAGCAGCCCUCUUUCCGAGACCCGCGAUACCUGAAUCCGCCCAGACAUCUGAAUGCAGCACGCUUCGUGCAUCUAAGCGGCCCACUGGAAUACGAAGUCGAAAGCCAGGAGUCGUUUAACGAAGAGGACAUGUUCUCGGAGCCUGUGAACCCGCCACUAGAUGGAUUCCCCAUUGUGGAGGAAUUUGAUGACUUGAUAAAAAGUUAUGUAAAUGAGCUCUCGGUAAAGAAACAGGACAAGGCGUUGAUUAAUGCGCGAAGAGCGCGCAACAUUCGAAAUGUUCUGGACAAUCCGAAAGAUACGGCGAUAGAAUCUGCUCAAUUUAGGUUUUGGGUGAAGAAAAUGUUCCAGCUUGGACCAAACGAUCCCCGAGUACCAGAUCAUAAAAAACUCAUACACCACGAGGGUAAACCCGUGGCAAUCCGAGAAAAGCUCUUCAAGAUCCUGACCCAGGCACAUCAGCAAUGCCAACACGGAGGCCGUGACAAGACGUCUACCAACGUACGUCAGAAAUAUUCAUGGGUCCCAAAAGAACUCAUCUCCCGCUUCGUGAAAAUCUGCCCAACCUGUCAAGGUCGCCGGGGCACAAUACCACCACCAACAACAAACUUGACAGUGACACCUCCGGAUUCGAGAAGAGGCUCGCCUCGUUUCGAACUCGCCAGACAGCAGCCUCACAUAUACGGCAGUACCAGCAGUGGUGGUGGCAACACUCCCUACCGCCGCAAAUCAACGGCCUAUACCUACUCAGACAGUCCUACCCACCACCAUCACCAUCAUCAUCACGAUGUAACUUGGCCCGAUACCUCUGCGAACCAUUUCCACUCCGAAAGCAGCGAAAGACUGUCCAUGAAAGCGCAUGGUUUGAUAGGUGAUGCUCCUCAUCCUCAUCACCAUCCUCAUCCUCAUCAUUUAGUGGAAACUUCGCAGGCUCCCCAGUAUGCAUCAAGUAAUGCUGGGUUUUUGGCAACGAAUGCGAAUUCGCGAUAUUCCGGGUACUGA